AUCAGCAAAAAACCACAGUGAUUGAAAACGGUGAAAUCAGAUUUAAUGGAAAAGGGAAAAAGAUUCGGAAGCCUCGAACCAUUUACUCUAGUCUACAACUCCAGGCUUUAAAUCAUCGCUUUCAGCAGACUCAGUACCUGGCACUUCCAGAGAGAGCUGAACUGGCAGCUUCAUUAGGACUUACCCAGACACAGGUGAAGAUCUGGUUUCAGAACAAGCGCUCCAAAUUCAAGAAGCUGCUGAAGCAGGGAAGUAAUCCCCACGAGAGCGACCCUCUGCCCGGCUCCGCUGCCCUCUCCCCUCGCUCUCCAGCUCUGCCUCCAGUCUGGGACGUUUCAGCCUCUGCCAAGGGAGUCAAUAUGCCUCCCAACAGCUACAUGCCUGGCUAUUCUCACUGGUAUUCUUCUCCACAUCAAGACACAAUGCAGAGACCACAAAUGAUGUGAAUUGUCCAAGA